UUGUCAAUUAUCAAAAUAGUUGGCAAAUAAUUUUUUGUUGAUCGAUUCAGGUCUUGUUUUUUUGUCUCAGUCUUGGACCCCAGAUAUUGUCAUGGACAGGUGUGUUGGAUAAAAAUUUCUCACUGAAUACAUUUAAUGUUUUUUUAAACGAAGAUUUACCCACCAGAAUUUAGUAAUUCAAACCUUCACAUUAAAAAAUAAAAUGUGCAAUAAAAUAAAUCAACAGUUAACAAAAUAGUUCAAAUAUUUUGAAGACAUUAUAAGCGAAAGGUGCAGGAGGUGGACUCAAUUCUUGACCUUAUUUCUUUCUCUUUUUCUUUCCAAUAUUACCGGGCAUGUUUGCCUUUAUUAGAGAGAGUAGAGAGCUGACAGGAAACAAAGAGAGGAAUGAGCUGCAACAAAAGUUCCCAGCCAGAUUUGAACCACAUGGUCAGCGUUUUUUAAACCAGUAGGACCACCAGGAUGCCAGGGCCCCCGUAUUUCAAAAAUCCUGUUAAAGGUCCUGUUUCAUUCUAACACUUAAUCCUCAGAAAAGUUAAAAAAAAAAAAAAAAACAACAAUUAUUGCAGAAGGGGAGCAGGGGUUCAGUUGUAAUAUCUCAAUUUUCUUAAACAAGUUUGAGUUAUGUCACUCAUGCUCCCCUCCCCCAACUUGUUGAGCACUGUUUACACACCAAGAAUGCACAUCCUCAUUUUUGGUGACUCUGAAGACAAAUUAGUUCUUUUUCUGUUUAUUUCUCAAUAUUUUAGUACCCUUUUAGUUUCUAGAUAGAUUUUGUAAAAGUGUUUUGCAACUCACAGAACUGAUAAAUCUGAUCACUGUGAAAAAUGUUAAACCUGAAACUGUCGGUGAGUUAAAACUCAAUUUUCUUUUUCAGUCUAGUAAAACUUUUAGCAGUAAAACAAAAUGAAGAUGUGAAACACAAAAGAUAUUUAGGAUUAAGUCUGAGUUAGAGAUUUGACAGAAGGUGUCUGAUUCAGUGAACCUUCACCAGAGACGAUUCAACUGUUUUCAACAAUAUCUGUUACACUCAUGUAUCCUUUAAGGUUUGUUUAUACAGAGGACGCAGCUGUUAUUUCCAGAAAUGUUUUUUGGACUCAUGGGAAAAUGUAAAUAUUGUAACAACUAACCUUUCAUUGCAGAAAUAUUCAGCCAGAAGGUCAUCAGCCAACACCAAUAUUUUUGCUUUCUUUCCAUGUAACAUCAACACUACAGCAGCAUAUCAGUGUAGAAUUAACAUUAUUGACUGAGGUGUUUUGACUAGUCUGUUAUCUUCAUUGAACUCAAUUACUUGGUAACAUCAGGCAUCAUGUUUUGAAAACACUUAGCUGUAAAUUAUGAAAUUUGGUUGCAACAUAAUCAGUAGAUGCUUUGUACAGGGUGGAUGGUCCAACUUUUAACCCUAGGACUGCAGGAUUAUCAUAAAGGCCUAGCCUAAUUCUUGAUAUUAUAAUUUCGAUUAUAUUUUUGAUUUAAUAGAACUGUUAUUAGGCUAAAUACAUAUUUUGUGUAGGCGGAUGCUUUUACUGGAUGUGGACAUUAAGAAUUUUAAUAAUGCUUAUUUUUCAAAACACACUGUAGUUUAUGGUAUAAACUCUACCUCUACUCUACUGUAGCAGCUGAGCACAGUCGGGUCAGUGCAGGUUAAUUUCCUCAGUUACAUUACCUGCUCCACUCGCAGGUUACACCAAACAUCUAUAGUAAAAACUAUAUCUGUAGUCAUGUCUCCACUAAAAUAUUCUGGUCUGGGGGUGUAUUGUCAGCAGCACAGACACUACUGAAUGAUCAUAAAUAUUAUAGGAAUAUUAUAGGAAUACUAAAGGCAGCAGUGUGUCUCUAUGAUCCUGUCACUCCUCCAUGACUACACAUUUCUACUUGUCACUUUCAUCAUGAACAUGACACUAGCCUAUAGAGUAUAUAGGCUACAAUAUAGUAUAAAAUUGAGUAUUUAUAGUAUAUAGUUUCCAGAAUAUUGUAGAUCCAAGAUGAUACUGAGAGAAAAAGGCGCAAUUACAAAUCUGUCUGUUACUUCAGCACCACGGACAGCGCCAUGGAUUUAUCAAUACACAGCACAGUUAGGCUACUUAUAUUUCAGAGCCAUGGUCGGAGCCAUAGAUUCUAACUUGCGCAAACCUCAGAUCAAGGAUCAAUGAGGAGUAGACUAACAUAUUCAACUAAACAACCCCUCUGUCCCUGCACUCUCUCGGCUAUGAGGGGAUGGAGAGGGGGGGUGACAGGUCAACAAGGGGGAUGGCACCCCCUUUGUUCCCCCUCAAAUCGCCUACUGAACAUAAUCAUCUAUUUUAAAGACUAUUUUCUCUCCACAUAUGGACUUGGAGCUCAAAGAUAGUCCAUUAAUCUCAUUCCCUCUUGCUAAUCGUAACAAUGAAUCACUCCACAUUAUAAUCACUCUUCAAUCUGUUUAACCUUUCAACACGUGGUUAUCAAAACGGGGUCUUAUUUUGAAAGCGGUACCCGGAAGUCCCGCUUUCCCCCUGCGUGCUUGACUGCCGUGCCUGGGUGAUGAUUUGCUUACUCGGAGCAGGACUGAGUUUGGAGCGGGUACUGUGAAAUGUGUAACCAUGAUGUUGCCUGGAUAAUCAGCGGAGGACGUUAGAAAACAAGAGACCUACAACCAGCUGAACGCAAGUGAAGCAGGCAGGACAGCCACACCUCAUGCGUGGGCUCAGCAAAGGUGCGAGUGGAUACGGGUCUGACAAACAUGGGUGUGCUCCAGCUCCACAAUCCCACUCACCCCAGUACGCUUCUGCAGAGGGCCAAUCAGAUGCGUCUGACUGGCACCUUGUGUGAUGUCAUCAUCACCGUGGACGGCCAGGAGUUCCCAGCGCACCGCACCGUCCUGGCCUGCACCAGCAAAAUGUUCGAGAUCUUGUUCCACCGCAGUAGCCUGCGCUACGCCCUGGACUUCCUGUCCCCCAAAACCUUCCAGCAGAUCCUGGAGUACGCCUACACCGCCUCUCUCCAGGCCACAGCGGAGGAUUUGGAUGACCUGCUGUACGCCGCUGAGAUCCUGGAGAUAGAGUACCUGGAGGAGCAGUGCCUGAAGGUGCUAGAGACCAUCCAGGCUGAGGAGAGCGAGGACGUGGCGGUGAGGAAUCACAGCUCCGGAGACCACAGUGACCACAGCCGGGCCAGGCACUGGAGGCACAUGUUGAUGUCCAAGAAGCAUUCCAUACAGGAUGGACCCAUCCGCACCACUCCCACUGCCCUACACCACCUCGCACUGUACCACAUGACGGAGAGGAGUUCUCCUGGUGCAGAACCCGAGGUGGCUCCUGGAUCGAGCCCCAAGCUGGACACAGAGGUGGACAUGGAGAGUUCCCAGCAGCCUCAGCACCCCGGUGCAGAGUUAUCCCAGGCCUCACCCCUGGAUCCUGCAAGAAGUAUAAAAUCAGAAAGCAUGCAGGUGGAUGAUACCAAUGGCUGCGAGGGCAGGUCCUCCAGCGCAGGGGAAGGAAGCUGCAUGUCAGAUCAGCCCAGAGACGAGGGCCCGGGUACACCCCUGAGAAGCAGCGUGAUCACCAGCGCUCGAGAGCUACACACAGGCCCGGAGGACGGAACACAAAUGGUGGGAAACGCUGUCGACUGUUUCCCCGGGAUUGCCGAGAAACAUCUGGCCUCCAUAUACUCUGCGCCCUCCAACCACACAGGGGAGGGGAUGAUGCCAGUGUCCGUGUCAGUGGCCCCGUCCCUGGGCGUGCCGCUGGACCCGAGGGCCUACAGCGGCCUGCUGCACCAAGGCUUGCUGCACAGGGAGCUCCUCAGCAGGCUGGGCCAGUUUGCGGCAGGGAUGAGGCACGAGGGCCAGGCUCAAGGCCAGCAGUGUUGUGGCGAAUGUGGGCUUCAGCUGCACAGCAGACAGGCCAUGGAGCAGCACAGGAGGCUGCAUAACGAGGAGAAGGGCCACGGUUGCGAAUACUGUGGCAAACACUUCCAGGACAGCAUGCGGCUAAGGAUGCACAUGCUGUCUCACACAGCUCCUGCAGAGGCGCUGGUGUGUGAUCAGUGUGGAGCAACAUUCUCCUCAGAGGAUGCUCUGGAAGCCCACAGGCAAACACACACAGGGACUGACAUGGCGGUGUUCUGUCUGCUGUGUGCAAAGCGCUUCCAGACCCAGAAGGCCCUGCAGCAGCACAUGGAGGUCCAUGCAGGCAUGCACAGCUACAUCUGUAGCCACUGUGAGCGCCCCUUCCCUAGCCACACCACACUCAAAAGACACUUGCGCUCGCAUUCAGGCGAUCACCCGUUUGAGUGUGAAUUCUGCGGGAGCUGUUUCAGAGACGACGGCACGCUAAGGGGCCAUAAACGCAUCCACACAGGAGAGAAGCCUUAUGAAUGCAACGGCUGUGGGAAGAGGUUCAGCCUCAAACACCAGCUAGAGACACACUACCGUGUACAUACAGGUGAGAAGCCAUUCGAGUGUAAGCUGUGUCACCAACGGUCCAGAGACUACUCGGCUAUGAUCAAGCACCUGCGCACUCACAACGGAGCGUCUCCGUACCAGUGCACCAUCUGCCAGGACUUCUGCCCGAGCCUGGCCGCCAUGCAGAAGCACAUGAAGGGCCACAAACCGGAGGAGGUGCCGGCAGACUGGAGGAUAGAAAAGACUUACCUGUACGUCUGUUACGUCUGAGCAGGACUUGGACCUCAUGCACAGUCUCACACACACACACACACAAACAAACACACACACACACACACAGUCACUGCUGGGUGAAAACCUUUUAACUCUGAUGCUGAUAGAUUACGUGUAUCUCUAUGGGUUAAAAAAAAUAAAACUGAAAAAUGCAUUGUGGGAAGUUGUCAUUCUGGUAGAUACAAGGUUUUUACCUGACAACAGAGACAUGCAAGCAUGAUGCAAAUGUGUGUACAUGCUAGGGCUGCAACAAACAAUUACUGUCAUUAUUGAUUAUUUUUACUAUUGAGUAAUAAAUCAUUUAGUCUGAAAAAUGUCAGAAAGUAGUCACCUCUUUGUGACAAGAUGACAGUCCAGCCCAAAGAGAAAAGCAGCAAAUUAGGGCUGCAACUAAUGAUUCCUUUCAUUUUUGAUUAAUCUAUCGAUUAUUUUCU